AUGACCACGCGAUAUCUAUCUAUCUAUCUAUCUAUCUAUCUAUGUAUCUAUAUAUAUAUAUUGAAAAUACUCAGUCUGUUCAUAUCUAUCUAUCUAUCUAUCUAUCUAUCUAUCUAUCUAUCUAUCUAUCUAUCUCAAUCUGUUGAUAUUUACCUAUCUCAGUCUGUUCAUAUCUAUCUAUCUAUCUAUCUAUCUAUCUAUCUAUCUAUCUAUCACCAUCUCUGCAUAUCUAUCUAUUUAUCGCUCUCAAUCUGUUGGUAUCUAUCUAUCUAUGUAUCUAUCUAUCUAUCUAUCUAUCUAUCUAUCUAUCUAUCUCAAUCUGUUGAUAUCUGUCUCACUCUCUUCAUAUCUAUCUAUCUAUACAAUCUAUCUAUCUAUCUAUCUAUCUAUCUAUCUAUCUAUCUAUCUAUCUAUCUAUCUAUCUAUCUCAAUCUGUUGAUAUUUACCUCAGUCCUUUACCUUGAUAUUUAUCUCAGUCUGUUCAUAUCUAUCUAUCUAUCUAUCUCUAUCUAUCUAUCUAUCUAUCUAUCUAUCUAUCUAUCUAUCUAUCUAUCACCAUCUCUUUUAUCUCUAUUUAUCGAUCUCAAUCUGUUGAUAUCUAUCUAUCUAUAG